AUGGGUUGUACUCAAUCGGGAGAUUCUUACGACGAACCAUACCGUCUCCUUGGAACCACUCACGACGGAAUUGCUUGGCAGCUCCGUCUGGGGUUUCCUAGUUACCUCUUGUCCGAAAGCGAAGGCAUCGCAGGAAACGGCGAGAAGAACAGCCUCCUUUGGAUCGAGAACUCCGCAUGGUGGGUCGACUCCGAGACGUUUCAUGUUGGUGGUCUUGAUUCCGUACCCGAUACGACGGGCGGACGAGUUGAUCACCUUGAUGUGGUAGGUGUGCUUGUCGUCGUAUGGGGCAUUGAAGACGAUCUUGGCGUUGGGUUGGGUCUGGAUAUCUCCUGGUGGGACGGAUUGAGCCAUGGCGAUUUGUUGAAGGAGUUUGGAAACUCUAUGGAGACUGGCGGAUUUCUCCUCCCUUUAUACGGACGUCUUAUCAGUGUUCUUGAUCUUUGUUCCAGAUUUCUAGAAAGAUACGAAAAUCCAAUCGAUCCAAUCCAACCAACCGAAGCCACCAUGAACGCCAUCUACACUGCCGUCCUUGUCGCCUCCACUCUCGCCUGCACUGCCGUUGCAUGGAUCGGACUCUCCAUCGACACUGCCAACGAGGAUCUCCUCUAA